AAUCAAAUUUUAGAUCUCAGUUUCAUACCUUUAAGGUACAUAUUAAUUAUAUAAAAAAUAAAAACCACAUGCGGACAUUGGAUUUGUAAUCCUUAUCUACAAAUUAGAAUAUUAUUUUGCCUAUAUAUAAGAUGAUAAUGAAGUUAACAAAGAUCAGAGUAAGCAAAACCAGUAGUCAGUACUUUACUAACUAGCUAUCAGUAUGGCUACCAAUGUAUCUUUGCUAGAAAAGCCUAGAAAAUCAAUUCCAAAAACAUUUUGGUUAAUCAUCACUUUAAUUGCUAUCAUAAGCUCAUCAGCCCUUAUUUUUUCUCAUCUCAACAAACCAAUAUCCUUCAACCUCUCCUCAGCUCCCAAUCUGUGUGAUCAUGCUAUUGAUACAAAAUCAUGCUUAACUCAUGUAUCAGAAGUGGUUCAAGGUUCAACCUUGGCCAACACAAAAGACCACAAAUUGAGCACACUCAUAUCUUUAUUAACCAAGUCUACCACACACAUUCAAAAAGCCAUGGACACGGCCAAUGUUAUCAAACGCCGAAUUAACAACCGUAGAGAGGAAAUGGCUUUGAAUGACUGUGAGCAACUAAUGGACUUGUCCAUGGAUAGAAUUUGGGACUCAGUGUUGACUCUAACAAAAGAUAACACUGACUCACAGCAAGAUGCACACAUGUGGCUAAGUAGUGUGCUCACUAAUCAUGCAACUUGUUUGGAUGGUUUAGAAGGUACAUCUCGGGUUGUAAUGGAAAGUGAUCUUCAGGACUUGAUAUCCAGGGCUAGAUCUUCUCUUGCCGUGCUAGUUGCCGCUUUACCUCGAAAGGAUCACAGCGGAUUCAUUGAUGAAUCGCUUAAUGGGGAUUUUCCCUCGUGGGUAACAAGCAAGGAUCGAAGGCUUUUGGAAUCUUCAGUUGGGGACAUAAAGGCCAAUGUUGUGGUGGCUAAGGAUGGGAGCGGCAAGUUCAAGACAGUAGCUGAGGCUGUGGCAUCUGCACCGGACAACGGUAAGGCAAGGUACGUUAUCUAUGUGAAAAAGGGAAUCUACAAAGAGAAUGUAGAAAUUGGUAAGAAAAAGACGAAUGUGAUGCUUGUUGGUGAUGGUAUGGAUGCAACAAUAAUCACAGGCAGCUUAAAUUUCAUUGAUGGAACAACCACCUUCAAAAGUGCAACUGUUGCUGCUGUUGGAGAUGGGUUUAUAGCUCAGGACAUUAGGUUCCAAAACACGGCAGGCCCAGAGAAGCACCAGGCAGUUGCUCUUCGCGUUGGCGCUGAUCAAUCCGUGAUCAACCGCUGCAAAAUUGAUGCAUUUCAAGACACGCUCUAUGCACACUCCAACCGGCAAUUUUACCGUGACUCCUACAUUACUGGUACCGUUGACUUCAUCUUUGGAAAUGCAGCAGUUGUGUUCCAGAAGAGCAAUCUCGUGGCCCGAAAGCCCAUGAGCAAUCAAAAAAACAUGGUCACAGCCCAAGGUCGAGAAGACCCAAACCAGAACACUGCAACUUCAAUUCAGCAAUGUAACAUAAUACCAAGCUCAGACCUCAAGCCUGUGCAAGGAACCAUAAAAACAUACCUCGGCCGCCCAUGGAAGAAAUACUCCAGAACAGUUGUGCUGCAAUCCGUCGUGGACAGCCAUAUUGACCCGGCAGGAUGGGCUGAAUGGGAUGCCGCAAGCAAGGACUUUCUCAAAACAUUGUAUUACGGAGAGUACUUGAACAGUGGAGCUGGUGCUGGUACCAGCAAGAGAGUGACUUGGCCUGGCUAUCAUAUCAUCAAAACUGCUGCAGAGGCUAGCAAGUUUACCGUAGCACAACUCAUCCAAGGAAAUGUUUGGUUAAAGAAUACAGGAGUGGCCUUCAUCGAAGGUCUGUAGAAAUGAACUCCGGAGAGCAUGUUCUGUUAUGUUUCUGAUGAGUGGAAUUGCAAGAAAUAAAACAGAAACAUUAUGCUUUAUGGCAGAAUGAGGUUAAUUAGUAAAAUUUCCUAACACAGGUUGUUACAAUAAAUAUUGUCUUAACUUCUCCUAGUUUUAAAUCUCAACAAGACUUUUUAGAUUAAUUUCCCAAUGCUUUUGAUGCAUGCGGAAAUUCAUGUAUAAUUUCUCUCUGAGAAUUUCAUAAAACAAUUUGGGAAAUGGUGGAAAUUAUUAUUAACUAAUUGAAGUAACUUUAAUUGUCAUUUUA